AUGGGUGUGCUCGUUUCCGUGUCUCCUCUGGAGGUGACGGAUCUGCAGCAGAUGGUAGGCUCCCGUACAGUACCAAAGCGUGAGACGCACCGCCAACUGACUGGACGUCGGCUACACCGGGCCUCAUAG